CUUUUGCUGUUAAGCCUGCGUGAGGAAGGAGGGAGAGCAGAGCUAGUAGAGCCGGGCGGCGCCCUCCGAGCGGAGUGAGUGACCUCUACUUCCGCGCGUCUCGCCGCCCGUUCGGACACCUGCACCGUCGCUCCCCGGAGGGAGCACACAUGCGCAGCUUGAAGCUGAUGGACAUUGUAUGGGCCGGAGGCAGGGAUGGUCGGCUAUGACCCCAAAGCAGAUGACAGGAGUAUCUCCAAAUUGGAGGUGGCAGUGUCUGGGUCUGUGUCUGGACUUGUCACUCGGGCGCUGAUCAGCCCCUUGGACGUCAUCAAGAUCCGUUUCCAGCUUCAGAUUGAGCGCCUGUCUCGCAGGGACCCCAGCGCGAAGUACCAUGGGAUCCUGCAGGCCGGGAGGCAGAUCCUGCGGGAGGAGGGCCCGACCGCCUUCUGGAAGGGUCACAUCCCAGCCCAGCUCCUCUCCAUCGGCUAUGGAGCCGUCCAAUUUUUGUCGUUUGAAAUGCUGACCGAGCUGGUGCACAGAGCCGGCAUGCACCGUGCCCGCGACUUCUCCGUGCACUUCGUGUGCGGCGGCCUGUCUGCCUGCGUGGCCACCCUCACCGUGCACCCCGUGGACGUCCUGCGCACCCGCUUUGCAGCUCAGGGUGAGCCCAAGGUGUACAAAACCCUGCGGGCCGCCGUGGCCACCAUGUACAGGACCGAAGGCCCCUUGGUCUUCUACAAAGGCCUGAACCCCACCUUGAUCGCCAUCUUCCCCUACGCCGGCUUCCAGUUCUCCUUCUACAACUCCCUGAAGCACGUGUACGAGUGGGUCACGCCAGCCGAAGGAAAGAAAAACGGGAACCUCAAAAACCUGCUCUGUGGCAGUGGAGCUGGAGUCAUCAGCAAGACCCUCACGUAUCCCCUGGACCUCUUCAAGAAGCGGCUGCAGGUCGGAGGGUUCGAGCAGGCCCGAGCCAGCUUCGGCCAGGUUCGGAGCUACCAGGGCCUCCUGGAUUGCGCCAGGCAGGUGCUGCGGGAGGAAGGCGUGCCGGGCUUCUUCAAGGGCCUGUCCCCCAGCCUGCUGAAGGCUGCCCUCUCCACCGGCCUCGUGUUCUUCUGGUACGAGUUCUUCUGUAACCUCUUCCACCGCGUGAAGAAGGCGGACAGCUAGCCUUGGGGCCGGAAGGUGGCCUGAGGUCUCUCCCCAGAGCGACCUCCUGAAGUAAGACUUGAUCUGCCAUCUCUGCUGCACUGAGAGGCACCGCCUGGUCCACCCUGCGGCCAGCUGUUGGAGCGUGACGGGCACUGGGAGGCCGCAGCCUCGACCCCACCAGCUUGGAGGCCACCAGGAGGGCAAGGGCUCUCUCCCUUGGGACCCGGGGAGGACGGAGGACGUGGUGGGAUCCCAGCCGCUCCAGUCAAGGAGCUGGACGCCUCCCCUCCGUCUAGCCCGCAGCCUAAGGCAGGUGGGGACCCUUUUUCCUGCCAGGGGCCAUUUGGAUAUUUAUAGCCUCAUUCGCUGGCCAUUCAAAAUUACCAUCUUAAACAUUAGCCUGCUGUAUCUGGUCAGACAUUUAACUGACUCGCCCCUGAUGCCUUGGCAGGGCCAGACCAAAUGAUUUCUUGGGCCUUAUACCUUUCCCACCCCUGGUCUAAGGGGAGCAGCUGCCUGCACUUAGCCCGUCUGCCUCCAGAGCUCUCCGGACCCUGGGUGGGGCCACAGCCUAGAUUUGAUGGCAGGGACUCGCCAGAGGCAGGGGUCUGACCCCACACCUGGGCUCUGGUUCCCGCCAACUUGCUUAAUAGACACUAAGGCUAAAAGCACAGUCCUUACCUUCCCCCUCCACCUUCUCUCCUGAGUCACACCUCCCCUGGACACCAGCUGUGCCCGGCCGUCCCCAAAUUCCAUUUUCUCAGGAGUUGCAGGGCUCAGGCAGCUUGGCUUCUAGUUCUGGGAGAGGAAUCCAAGCUGAAUUGGUUACUUUCUGACAAGCCACCCAACCCCCAGGACCCCCCACAGCAGGGGCUCUGGGGAAGGCAGAUUCUGCAGCCCUGUAGGAAGUGGGGGGCUGCGCUGAGGGGAGGAGGUGGGUAAAAGCAGCCGCCCUUUACCCCAGUUGACCUGGGAUGGCUCCUCCUUUGGGCCGGGCAGCCCUCCUGGGUGGUAGGAGCACACAGCUGGGCCAGUUGCUGAGCAUGUGGCCGGGUGUCUCCUCUGUGACCCCAGAAGGGCCCUGCUCUGACGCAGCCCAGUGAAUGGGGUGUCAGAGGGAAGAGGUUGGGCAGACAGCCUGGUGAGGGUGCAGUAGGUGCCCAGGGGAGAUGCGCAUAGGAACCCAGCCCAUCCAUCUAGGCACGGGGAGGAACUUCAGUUUCCGGGGGUCAGGGUGGGGGUGGGGGGUGUGAGAAGAAAAUCUACGGAACACAGCCACCUCUCAUCCAGAUCUCCCAGCCCCGAGGGGCAUUGGACCUGUGGGUGGGCUCUGUAGUGGGAGCCAGGCUCCCACCUGCCUCCUCCCCUCUGGGCUCCAGCUCCAGGCCACUCUGACUCAUGAAGGCGCCAGCUGGGAGCAGGCCUGGGGUUCCCCCCGCCUCGAGCCUGGGCCCCUUCUCUCCUUGUUGCUAUUUCAUGUCUUGGCUGGGGCUUUGCCUGCUCUUGGCUGCGGAUUAUGAAGGUCCAGGCUGUGGCUGGAGGGCACUCCGGCACCCACAGGGGUUUGGGUACUUAAGUCCUGGGCUUGGAGCUGCGGGGAGGUAGCUGCCUGGAUGUAUUUUCUACAAAAGUCCAUUGAAGUAAACUAUUUUCUUCACCG